UCAACAUGGCGACCGAAGACAGGGGAUUCCCUCCAAGAAUGGUGCAUUGUUCGAAGUUUCACAUGACAUAGCAUCUAGAAGGAUUGUUAUGUGACAUUGCACAUGGAAGAUGGAAAAAUAGGUUGUAAUACACAAUAUCGCAUGCGUCAUAGUAGCUUACGAUGCAUGUUAUUACGAUUUUUAAUGACAGAUCGUAGUGUUAUUCCGUCGGAAAAAGUUUCAACAAGUUGUAAGUUUACAAUUCUGGACCCGAAUCACUUAAUUACCGGACUAUAUGUGUGUUGUUUAGUGUCUUAUCAGUCGUGUCGUGUCGUUUGACGAUCACAGACGAUUCUGCUUGUUAAUAGAGAGAAAACUGUUGUGUUAUGUCUUGUUUUGAUGGGUAACCUGCCAUGUUGUGGGUCCUAAAUAUAGACAGUUCAGCAUGUAAUGAUGUUGUGUGUAUGUCGAUAGUCAUGUAAAACUCCACUUAAACAAUGCCGUCAGGAAGAUUGAUUUGUUUUGUGUGUGGAAGCCUAGGGGCAGAAACAAUAUUGAAUAUAAAACCACAGGAGAGGGGCCCCUACUUUCCAUUUCUUGAAAAUCAUGACCCUCCAAAGGGAUGCCGUCUCCCAAAGAAGGAUGGACGUGUGGAUUCUUGCAGAGUAUGCUACAUGUUUUUGAGUCAACAAUGGGAAACUUAUGAACGAUCCAGAACCCCGGCAAUUAAAAGGCUGUACUGGCUGAAGAGAUCUGAUAAUGGGCACUUUACUGGAGCCGAGAUGAGGAUACAAGGGGAGUAUAUCGCGCAAGUGAUGGGUUUACAGUAUCAACCGGGUGUUUUUGAUGGAGGAACGUCUCCAGGUGAAAGUCGCCCAGAUAAUUGCUCACCUGUAUCUGUACAGCGCUCUGAUGGAAGGCAGAGUUCUGAUUACAUUGCCCAGCCCCAGGUUGCAAUACCUACAAAUUUCAAGCAGUCACAGGCAAGUAAACCCUCAUUUAGUCAAGAAAACAGACAUCUUGUUUCACAAGGGUCCAAUAAUCCACCUCGGAAUGCUGAUACAAUUCCACAUCGUGGGACACUUGCUGAUGGAGCCUUGGAUUUGUCUGUUGCUGCUAAGAAGAUGCCGGAAGGAGGUAGAGUGAAACUUGGUCAUGAAUCUGAAAGCAUUAAACACAUCUGUUGUUUUAUUUGUACUAAAGAAUGCAGCAUUAAUCAGAGCAAGCUUGUCAGCACCUGCCGACAGCCAACUAGUGAGCCUUACUUUCCUGUUUUGGGACAUUUACCUCAGGCUAAUAACCCAAAUGCUUUAACCAAAAAUGGUCAGGUUAGAGUAUGUGUUGGAUGUAAAAACCUGCUGUACCAGCAAUGGCAGGCCUAUGAGAUGUCUGGCAUCCCUAUGCAACAUAGGACUUACAAGCUCUAUGAUGAUGUAUCUCCUCUGACUGGAAUGGAAGGGAACAGCAAUAUCAAACCAAGAGAAGAUCAGGACACAAAACCGCCACAAGCUUUCCAACAUGUCUGCUAUCUCUGUGGACAUCUGUAUCCAAAGGAACUCAUCCAGCCUUUGUAUACCAUCCCACCUGGUCAUCAGUCACUUGGAACUCUUUUCUUUCCAUUUAUUCGAGAUCUGCAGAGGCCACAGGGAGCACACCCUUUAAAAUCUGAUGGUACAGUACUGGCAUGUCGAAAUUGCUUUGGUGACUUGUAUCAGCAAUGGCAAGUAUUUGAGUCUGAAGGUACACCUUUGUAUCGGCGUCCAUAUUCACUGUCAUUUCUCAGUAAAAAGAUAACAUCUGAAUCUGGACAUGUUGCACAGCCGAAAAUAAAACAGGAAGUGGAGACAAAUGAAGGGGAUGGUGGCCCUUCUUCAUCUUCCUCUGACGUUAGUCAACCACUCAACAUUCAGAUAACAGAGAGUUCUACUACAUUAGAGAGCAGUACUUCCAAGUCCAACACUGCAGGCUCCCAGGGACUUCUGGCUAUUGCUACCCCAGGCAUUGGGUCUGUGACAUCUAAUCCCACUUGUUCAGAACCUCCCUCCUGGACUGUUGCGGAACAGAUGAAGAAACAGCAAAAUCAAGAACAAAAAAGUUUAACCGUCCCACACCCACUACAACAGGUGUCGUCAAUUCCAAAAAAAAUCUGCUUUUUAUGUGGCACAAAAUCAAGAAUAUCUAAAAUGCAUAUUCUAUGUUCAUAUCCAACUCGCCAUGAAGCUAAGGGGGCGAACAGCCAGAUGGUUCCCUUUUUUCCAUUCUUGGCUAAUAGAGAUCCAGCAUCUAAAGCAGAGUCUAUGUCUGAAGAUGGAACAGUCAUGGCCUGUAACAUUUGCUUUCACAGUCUUUUGAAACAGUGGAAUGAACAGGAAGAGUCGAAAAAUCCAGCAGAAAACAAUCGUUGGCUGAGAAAAUACACUGUUCCUGAAAUGAUUGGCUGUUAUGUGUGUUCUAAAAAUGUCAAGCGCAGGAACAUGCAAAUAAUUAAUAUUUCCCUCUUCCCGAGUCUGAAGGAUCACCCUGUCCCCGCCAAUGCCCUGAUUGUUGAUGGUGGUGAAGGCAUCACUGCAUGUGCUACCUGCUCAAACAGCCUUGGACAUCAGUAUGCAGAGUUUGAGAGGAUGGGGGUCCCCAUCGAGAUGAGGAAGUACAACUGGGUUAAUGCCAGCCAGACUGACACUGCUGAAAAUCAAAAGGCAGACCACCAACAGGAUGAAGAUGAUGAUGAUCAACUGCUUAAUGUUGAUGAGAACAGUUCUGACAGCCAGGGGAGUGGUGCCGGUAUGAAGCAGACUGAUGACAGUUUGGGCCAGGGCUCUAAGCCGCCUCCUUUGACAAUGAUCAGCCCCGCGGGAGCCAAGUUAUCUAGGAAUACUGCUACUGUACCACCACUGAACCAAGUAUCUCCAAGCAACGGCGUCACAUCCAUUGGGGCAAACGCUGCCCUCAACGCCACAAGGACGUCCAGUUUUGCCGCAGCUCUCCGUAAACUAGCCCACCAGGCAAAAGAUCCAGAAGAGGGAAUUAGCAGUAAACAUCCCCCUACCCCGGGGAGUUCCAGCACCAGCCCCCGGGCCGUCACACCAAAGCGAGGUCCCCCACCCUUGGUUUACAGUAGUCACUCCUCGUCACUCACCUCACCACCUGUCGUCACCAUAGCACCCACACAGUCACACCCCACCCUUGUCAGCAGUGAGGCAAAACAGAGUCUGGAGCGAGCACACUCAGUACAGAGCACGGCUUCAUCUGUCUAUGACCCUCUCAGUAUCAAACAAGAUCGGGAUAGACCUCAGUCUACUCACUCCAAUCGGGACGAUGAUAGGGGGUCAAUAAAGGACGCAGCUCAGUCACGAAGACCACAUUCUGGUCACAGCUCAACAUCUCCGGCAGCUAGCAGAGAGGAACUGGGUAGUCGUGGUUUCCAGCCGUAUCGCCCGGGUGAAGAUCUGCGCCACCAGCUACCACCUACGAUGUUUGGACUUGACCCAGCAGCCUACCCUUACCCCACGGCCUUUAUGCCCUCUCACUUCCCACAUCCUGCCUUCAGGUUUGAUGACCCUGUAUUACUGGAGCGGUACCGGAUGAUGCAGCCACCGUACCUCCAGUUUCCACAUCCUGGGAUGAUCCCUCCUCCAGGGGUCCACCCAUUCCUCGCUGCUGGCAGCAGGUACCCCUCAGAGCUCCUUCAUCAGCAGUUCGCAUUCGGGUCCCAGUCGUCACGCCUGGGUGAACACAUAUCACCAGCCUUGUCUGAAAGACAACGAUUAGAAGAAGAAAGAAUACGAGAGAUGGAACGAGAGAAAGAAAGAGAGCGGGACCGAGAGCGUGAGCGAGAGAAGGAGCGUGAGGCAGUGUUACAGAGAGAACGAGAGCGAGCUCGUGAACGUGAGAAGGAAUAUGACAAAGAGAAGGCAAGGGACCUGUACUACACUCACCAACACCAGGCAGAGCUCCGACUCGAUCCCCGAGCACAGGACAGAGACUCCCGGGGGCGUGGUGAGGGGUCACAUGGCAUGGCCAAUCAGUCCCGUCUGGCAAAGGCUGAGGACAGCUCAGGGUCUAAAUACAGUUCUAUGAUGCACGGGAGCCAGCGAGAUAUGUACAGUGACCGAACAGAAAAGGUGCAUCCCUACAAUGACCACCCACCGCGGAUGGAGGCAGAAAGGGAUAAAUAUGGCCGCGAGUCGGGUUACGACAGAAAGUCAGACAUUCAUCCUCAUUCCAGUGAACAAACUUUGCUCAAGAACAUGGACAAACAUGAGUUUGAGAAGAGGGCAUACUCAUUAGCGUUUGCAGACAAACAAAAUAUGGCAGAGAGAGAUCGACACUCUUCCUCAUCCCAUCCCCCAUCAUCACAGUACUCAUCUCUUCACCAUGCUGAUCUCGCACACAAAGCCUCCAAAGACUUCUUCCGACCGUUCGACACCGCCAACAUUCUAACCAAUGGCUUCAACGGUUCUCACGACUAUGAUAAAUACUCAGUUCAUUACAGCAAGUCCAGCGAAAGGACAAGCAAGUCUCCGGCCGCUGUGAGUCGUUCUAGUCUAGAGGCUAGUCAGGAGCGACGGGCAAUACUUGAGGAGUCUGUCUUGCAUAUGAAAGGUUCACGUGACAGUCAUCUGGCUCAGAGACGAAUGUCUGAGGAGACAUUGUCUUCUGGUCGAAAGUCUGGAGAGGAAUCGUUACUGCUGAGGUCAACUGAAGAACUCCAACGGAGAUUCUCAGGUGUCGAUCGGCGUAAUAGGAGGACACCGGAGGAAGUGUCGACAAAUGCCAGCCAUAAUGAAUACAAAAACUUUCUUAACAAUAAUAUCAUAAUGAACAUUGAAAAAAAUAAUCAGGAUUCUAAAUCCUCACAGAUCAUGUCAGAUUCAUCAAAUUACCAAGGAAAUUCCAAUUUUGAUCACAAAAAUUCAACAGCUUUACCGUCAACAUUUCAUCACCCGUACAUGAAACAUAUCCACUCAGUGAUAAGUCGACUUGAUAUGGAGGAGCGUAAACUCAGGGAGCAGCGUCUACAUACUGACUACAAUAGUGAUGACAGUGACGUCGAAUCAGAGGACGAGGAAUCUAAGCGGCAACGACUUUUAUUUAUUCGUUAUGGACCUUCUCUACCACUGGAUACCUCCAAACCAAAGAUGAAGUUUUUAAAUCAACUAGGCCUUACAUCGCAUCGAGUCAAGAGAGAUUUAGAACAUCAGAAGCAGCGUAAGCGCAGACGGUCUCUCCGCGAGCGCAGCGUCAGUCCAGUUGUGAUGGUCGAUGGGGAAGCAACAGAGGAUUCUGCCCCAAAUCUCACCAUUUCUCAGGAUCUCAACUCUGACGCCCUGUGUCAGGAACAGGACUACCCAGAGAAAUGCUCCUUCCUCAGCUCCAUGAAACUCAGUACUAUAAGUCCUGACAAGAAGAAGGAAAUGAACCACAUCCAGCAAAUAUGCGAGGUGGACAGGUUAAGGCGGCUAACAAACUCAGGUGUGAAGAGGAAGUCCAGUGAAAACUCAGCUGAAUACAGCAUUGGCUCAAAGGUGUUAGUCCUGGACAAGGAGGGAAGUAGAGCAAGGUCUCAGAACAGUCUCAUGUCUGGCAAUACAUUCAACAUGGCAACAGACAAAACAGCCAUUUUGUUCCCAAACAAGAACAAAAAGAAGAUGCUCAGUCGAGAAUUUGCUCAGGAAUUCCAUGAAUCUGUCCUUCAGACAACACGACAAAAGGAACUUAAUAAUCGACUAGGAAUGACACCGAAUCGACCUGGAGAGGUAAAGACGUAUCCAGGUAAAGGGGACUUAACUAGUAUGUCCCGACUGGUCAGUAACUCAGGCAGCACAAAGACUGGAGGGUCAGCUGGGUGUCGGACUGACCACGAUACAAACGGAGGUGUACAGCGGUGGCCUGGUGUUGACAGUCUGCUUGAGGCGUACCAGCACCACUCAGAUGAACAAAAACUGGAACGAGGAAUUUUGAUGGAACGUUGUCACCAUCUUCAAGCUGAUAAUCAGGAUCUCAACAGGACAGCCGAGAGUCUCAGCAAACGCAUGGCCGAGUUGAUGGAACAAAAGCGACAAGCAAGCAGUACGAGGAACAAACUCCAGGAGUCUAUAGACAGUCUGAAGAAAUGUACACGAGACAUUCGGUGAUGAUUGGAGUCUAGAUCUACAAAUUACCCUCCAAUGUGAUAGCGCAAUAUCUUAAAAAGUGGACCAUGUGCAAAAUUACUUUUAAACAACCUAUGAAAAAAGACUACUGAAGAUUUAAUGUUGAUGCAUAUAUAAAAUAUAUAUAUACCAGUGAGUUAUUCCAGAUUGGAUUAAUUCAAUCAUCUUUUACUUUUCUGAAUUUUAUUUGUUGUGUAUAUGUGAUUCUGGAUCAUGUUUUCAUCGUAAUUUAUCGGGAGCCUAGAUCAAUGUCACUGCCUAGCAUAGAGGACAUCAUUGUGUGUAUCAUCAUAUUUAAAACCAUUGCUAUAGUACCGGGUAUGUGUUGGAACCAAAGGUUUUAGUUCUUUCAAGGAUCAUGGAUUUAUGUCUACAGUAUAUUGUUUUGCAAGAAAAUUAUCAUGAAUUGUUUUUGUAUCUCUUUAUAAUUUUAAUUUCUACAAAAAAUGUGUUGAACAUCGAGUUAGUGAAUAUGAAUAGCUAGACUUUUAUGCCGUCUACCUGCAUGUCUCGACUCGAUUUUAUUUCUUUUAUGAGUGAUAAUGUAAUGCUGCAAUUGUAUUGCUGUAUUUAAACAUUUUAAGUCUUGAAAUGUUGCGACGAAAAUAGCGUUGUUAAUAUAACUCUUUUAAAGGAGAUUUCACUGUGCUGGUGUACAAACCAAGAAUGGAAUAGAUAAUGGGCGUUUCCAUUAAAAAACAUUUCUUUGGAA